AUGAUCUUAAAAGAACUUCUUUCCCUCCUACCUACCGAUGAUGUGACCACGCAAAGCACAAACGAGGAAACAAAACCAACCGAGAAUCCUCGCACCACUGAGACGCAGUCCGAAUGGACAUCAGACGAUCAGUUCGAAGAUGAAUCCGAAAGUGAUGCCACGGUUUGCGAGUUUGUAAAUGACCACAGCGUUAGCAACGAUUACAACUCCGUAAUGAUGAUCAAUUUCAACGUGAUUGUUGACUUGGGUUAUCGUAAUAAUCUUAAAGAAAUGAAAUCUAUCGAGCAAAUAGGAACGCUGGAACAAAACAGGAUUUGCAAUCAUUUGAUCAGAGUUACGAAAGUUUUGCAAGCCAAACACUUCGACGAGACAGUUUGGUGCAAGGACAACUUCCUGUUUUCAGCCGAACCACAGGCUCUUUCCAACUUGUCCGUCUACAUUCCGAUCGAAUCACCGAUUCACGGUUUCACUCGGGGCUGUGUAAAUCUGCUGCAGGAUAACUACCAGUCGCUGCUUGACCGUCACGUCUCAUACGCUUUCAGUCGUACACCGCAAACCUCUCGAAUUACCGUGACAAUCGCCCGUGUCGAGCUUUUAGAAAAAGAAAAUGUUAUCAUGCAAGAUCCAUGGCCUCCAAAAUGGGAUGACACAGCCCGAACCCUGUUGGCCGCGGUAGAUGCAAAUGAUAUUCUGCCAAUUAGAAGGGUUCACACAGAUGUGACAUUCAAUGAGAAGAAAGGACUAAAAUCGUACAGCAUAACGCUGUCUUUCAGCAUUGAAGAGAAACUUGAAGAUGGUGGUCUGGUGAGACACACAUUGGAUCAAGUAAAGCAACACGUGGAUGUGACCAAAUAUCUGACGGGAGAACGUUUGAAUGGCAAAAUGAAUUGGAAAGAGUGGAUAAUGAAAGUUCACGUGGUCAGUACACUCGAUACAUUAAAAGAUAUAGUCGAAAAUCUUGGCCCUCAGUUAUCUCAGAUUUUCGAAAAUGAGGGUUUGACCAAACACAUCAUAUCGCGCAGUAUUGUACGUUCAAGUCGAUUUGGGGAUAAGGCACGUUUUGGCAUGCAAAUCGUCCUGAACCUCUAUUCGUUGAUGGAGGAACAGCCGAAACUAGCAGAAGAAAUAACCGGCACAUUGUCGGCAAUCAGCUCACGUUUACAAGAAUCCAUGAAGAACCAUAAUAAAAGUUUUCGCAUCUCUCCGGAAUGUUGCACCGUGACCAGUUUCCAGUGGAAUUUGCAAUUGAGUUGCAAUUUUUCACCUCCUCCACCCACUUGCAAUGCAGAUCGGUAA